UGUUAUGUGUUGGGUGCGAACCCCCCGCUCAAAGUUAUGGAAGGAUUUUCUCAUAGAAUGUGGAAACACCAAGACUUUGACAAGCUGGUUGGAAUCGGGAAAGGGGUUUACUUAGCCAGAUUUCAUACUAAAGAUAACAUGCUUAAGGUAGCAAAUGGUGAUCAUAUUUUCUUUGAUUCAAAACCCUUGAUCAUGAAACCAUGGUCUCCUGAUAUAGAUGUUAUGAAGGAUGAGGUUAAAACUAUACCCAUGUGGAUCAAAUUACCUGGUCUAGACCUGAAAUACUGGGGUGUAAAAGCAUUGACUAAAAUAUGUAGUGGAGUUGGAAAAUUUAUCAAACCUGAUAACUCCACACUCAACAAGGACAAGUUGCAGUUUGCCCGCAUUCUAAUUGAAACUGACUUGGAUGCCCCCUUGCCUGACACUAUUACCUUCAUUAAUGAAAAAGGAUGCACUAUUAAUCAGGUAGUGCAAUAUGAUUGGAAGCCUGUUCUUUGUACCUUGUGCAAAAGGUUUGGGCAUGAAGGGAAAAAUUGUAAGAGAGGGGCAACAGCCACUGUUAAACGUUGGGUUCCAAAAGUCAAACAAACCCAGCCUUUGAUACAAACACAGCAACAGAUUCAGCAGGCCACGCAGCAACAGAAUGACAAACAACAAGAGGAUGAGGGAUUUACUGCUAUAAAGCGAAAAGCCUCAUCACCACAGAAACCGACCUGUCCUGCGGCUGAGGAUAAAUUGUCUGUGACCAACAAAUUUGACAUAUUGACAGGGGAAAAUACAGGGGAGCCAGAAACAAAGGAUGGCAAUACCAUGCCAUUCGAGAUACAGCUGCUGCCCACUCCAAACCAUGGUGUGUAGGUGGAGAUUUCAAUGCUAUCAUGCAUUAUGAUGAUAGAACUGGCUCAAUUGUGCGAGAAAAAGACAUUCGUCCGAUGGCUAAUUGUAUGCAUCAAUGCAGACUUCAUGAUGUCAAGAGUAUAGGGAGAUUUUAUACUUGGAAUAACAAGCAGGAUGGGUGCAACAGAAUCUUAUCGAAGAUUGAUAGAUUCUUAAGCAAUCAACUUUGGGAGACCACAUUCCAAGAGGCUAUCGUUCACUUCUGCCCAGAAGGGGAUUUUGACCAUAGCCCUAUGGUGAUCACCACAGUGAAAGUGCACCAUGGCCAUAAGCCUUUCAAAUUUUAUAAUCAUUGGGUGAAUCAUGAUCUUUUCACACAGACAGUCAAGUACGCCUGGAAUCUUAAUUGUGAGGGCACUAGAAUGUUUAAAGUCAUUCAGAAAUUGAAAAAGUUGAAGCCCCUGCUCAAAGCAAUAGAUGGAAGAACUGAGUCCUCUCUCGCCAUAGCUUUUAAGGAUGCUAAAACCUCCCUACUUCAAGCACAAGAAGCUUUGCAUCAAAACCCAAGUGACCCCAAUCUGGCACAUGAGGAGAAGAUAGCAGCAGUUAAUUUCCAGAACACUAAACGUGAUUAUCAGAUGAUUCUAAUGCAGAAAGCAAAGCUACAUUGGCUAAGAGAGGGUGAUGAAAACACCAGAUUAUUUCACAAUUACAUCAAGGGGAGAAAAAAGAACAACCUUAUCUUAGCUUUGCAUGAUAUGGAUGGCAAAUGGGUUGAUACACCUAAUCUUAUCACUAACUCCUUUAU